AUGGAGCAGCACUUUCUCGCAGUCGGGAAGCCGGCUUGGGACGCCUACGACUGGGCGCCACGGCCCCAGCCUGCGUGGUUGCUGGUGUCAGAAGGCUCCGGGCCGGGGCCGCUCCCCCUGUACCCGGCACUGGGAGAGUCCGCAGACCACCGCGACGCUUUGGACAGGCAACUGCUUUCCAGUGCUUGCUGGCGGCUGCCCUUCAUCCAUGAAGGGUACACCCUCCUCAGCCGGGCCCAGAGCCCCUGGGAGGCAAGGCCACUGCAGCCCAGUCUGGGCCCCGCGCCAGACACUGCAGAGACGCCGGAGACGCCACAGACACCAGAGACUCCGGAGACGCCAGACAGCCCACCGGAACCCGCCCGAGAGCCUGAGCCGAGAAAGGAAACCGAGUCCCAGAGGCUGUCCCAGGCCGAGUGGCCCAGCGUCGGAGUCGGCCUGCAGACGGAGGAGAAGUGUGAAGACGGGGGCCCUGCAGAGCGCCGCCCCGCGAGGGCUCCAGGGGGAUGGGGCCGGCGCCCGGGUUUCUGCGGCUGCCUGCGGUGGGUCCGGCGCGCUGUGUGCACCCUGAGGCGCGCCGCUGCCGGCUGCUGCGGGACCUUCUGGGACGUGAAAGAGCCCUGA